CACGCGCGCGCGCGCGCAGAGUAACAAUUUAAGUUUUUCUCUUUUUAAUAAGAACACUUUUUGGACAAUACAAAACUGCUUUCAAAAGUUGGAAUUAGCAAGCUGAAAUUAUACAUUGUGGUUCUAAUAUAUCAAUCUUAAGAGAAGUAAAUGGAGAUGUCAAAAAGUAAAGUCACCUAUUGCUUUUGUAUGUUGUAAAAUUGUCAUCAGAACUAUAUAUGAAAUUCCUACUUUGAGGUAAAUGUAUCUGAUAGAAGGGGAUGAAAAUCAAUCAUUACGGAAGACCUUUCAUCACCUCAGCAAAAUUUAAUGAUUCCAUAAAAGAGACGUAUAGUUAAACGAUAGUAAUGGAAUUGAUCUAAAAUAUAUAACCAACAAAUGGCUCCAUUUCAAACUAUAGUAACUAAUCGUGAAGAAAAUGAAGACGGAGAACAUAGCAUGAUUGAUCUUCAAAUUUUAUCCGAUCACGAAAAUUGGGCAGAAAAUACAACUGCCAUUACUGGUAAUACAUCUGAGAGAUCUGAAUCACUACAAGGUAUUGAUCAAUGGCCACAAGAUGGAAAGUUUUCAAAAGUAUCAUGGUUACAUUACUUUACCAAAUCACUAUCUCUAAUAAUAUUUGUUGCUGCAUGUACUAGUCCAUUCAUCAUGGUAGUUCUACCAAAAUUAGGAUUACUAUCAGACAACACAGCAAUUUACACCGUACAACAAAAACUAAUGCACACCUCCUGUAACGUAGAAUGUAAAGGAUGUCUUUUAAGUAUAGCAUUCAAAAUACCAUUACUAGGAAUAGGAUAUUGGAUUGUAUUUUACAAAUCUAGAGAAGAUGUGACACCUCGAUUGUCGCUUUUUCGUAACGGCGUAAUUUUUUUUACUUUUUUGUGCUUAAGUGCAUAUUGGUUAUUCUACAUUGUUCAGAUUACAGAACUUUCAAAGACUGUCACUCUAGGCAAUUUGACUGAUUACAAAAGUUUGGUUAAUUACGCUGUAAUGUUCAUUGAUACUUUAUUAGCCAUUCAUUAUAUUGCUGUAUUAUUAAUGGAAAUUCGGCAUCUCAAAGCAAUAUAUUAUGUAAAGGUAGUAAGGAGCCCUGAUGGGAUAUCGCAUUCUUUUUCGAUGGGUCAAUUAACUGUUCAACAAGCAGCUGUGCAAAUUUUAGAAAAAUACUAUACAGAAUUUCCAAUUUACAACCCUUAUUUAGAGCGAAUUCCAUUGUCUAAAACUCAAAAGAAAGCACAACCAAAUAAUUUCAAGUUUUAUCGAGUAGAUGAUACGAAUAAUGUUAAUUCCGAAGAAUAUAGACCUCCAGGUAUCGAAGGUAAUCAAGCUAUUUUGGCCGCUCAGGCUCGGCGAAGAGAUUCCAGCCAUAAUGAACGAUUUUAUGAAGAACAUGAAUACGAAAGAAGAGUACGCAAACGUAAAGCACGAUUAAUAACAGCAGUAGAGGAAGCUUUCUCGCAUGUUCAAAGAAUACAUACAGAAUCAGUAUCAGGCUUAACAACAAAUUCUUUAGAUUCUUUAGAAGCUGCUCAGUCGAUAUUUCCCUCUAUGGCUCGUGCUCUACAAAAAUAUCUUAGAAUUACUCGACAACAACCUCAACAUGCAGUGGAAAAUAUUUUAAAAAGAUUAGCACAGUGUCUAAGCCAGGAUACAUCACCAAAAGUUUUUUUAGAACCAUAUUUUAAUCCUAAACCUGUUCUAUCAGAUGAAAAAGAAAAACUUCUCAAUAUUCAACAAUGGGCUUUAAUAUGCGAUGGUGAGCUUCCGUCUAGACCUUUAAGAAGUGGUUGUGAGUUCCAACUACGACAAGGAGAAAUAGCUUUAUUAUGUAGUUUUUAUCAACUUCCUUGUUUUCAUUUAUCUGAACAAAUAGCGUUACCUAAAUAUGAUAAGUUUUUGUUGAAAUUGAACUCAGAAAUAUGCCCAUAAAUAUUGAUGCUUACUAAAAAUAAAUUUCAUUUAUAUA